UGUAUUUCAUUUAUUUAAGAUUCAAGAAAAUGCAAAAUAGUCUCUAUUGACAGAAAGUGGUUGCUUCGGUAUGAAGUUGGAAAGAGAGAUGGAUUACAAGGGCACAAGAAAACUUUUGGGAAUGACGGAAGAUUAUUUUUAUUGUAGUAAUGGUUUAAUGGGUAUACAUAUAUGUCAAAACUGAUCAAACCAAACUUACAGCUUUAUAUAUGUGCAGCGUAGAGGUCUUCAAUUACAAGUGAAUAAACAUUUUUUAAAAUGGUGAUAAAAAUAACAUCUUCAGCCUGUUGUAGGGAUUCAUUGAAUAUGUUAAGCACUUUAUCAUAAUACCUGGCUCCCUGAGUUUGAUGCCACUGACACUUAGAUAUCAAACUCAACCUCUCUACCAAGCUUUUCAUCCAAAGUGACUAGGGGUAAAGACUGUUUAAGACUAUACAGAAAGAUCAUGUAUCUGAGGAAUUAAAAAUAAGCCAUACGAUUAGGCAAUGUGUCACUCAAUAAACUCAAUAAACUAUUAUUAUCAAGGCAAAAUAUAUAUACACAAAAAGUAAGAACUGGGUUCAAAAAAAUUUUUUUCUAUGGACUUCUAACGUGGUAACUCAUGACACAGGGGUUAGGAUCUUCAGUUUUCCUUUGGAAGUUAAUAAAAACCACUAUAGAGAAAAACAAGAUUUACUACUAAGAAGGUGAAAACUGCUUCUCCUCUUAGGGUUCUAGUUCUCUUGCAACCUAAAACAAAGGAACUGGACAGGAUUACCACUUUUGUACUGUACAGCUCUAAACAUUAAUCAGUCACUCAAUUCAUUAUUUAUUUUUUUCUGUUUCCUUGUAUUCUGUCAUACAACUGUCUCUUGGUUUACCUACUUUUCUGCUUGUCUUCUCUCUCUCCUCCUGGUUUAUUUUCAUCCAGAUGGGAUUUUCCCCAAAGUUUCCAUCGUCAUUCUUUUCUUCUCCUCUGUGUAUGCGCCACUGAAGUUAAGAUUGCAACGUUCAAACUCCCCACACAUUCACACCCCCAUUCCCAUUUCACAGUAUCUCACCCAAUGUUUACCACUCCGAACACAUUCCUAGAAUCGAAAGAUCCCGAGCAGGGAGAAAAGAAAAGGCGCCUACCAGAUGCCUGGAACAGUCUACUAAGCGCCACAAGUAUAUUAGCUUUUUCAGUGCUCUCAACAGCCCAGGCAGAUGUUAUCUCAAUCUUACGGUUGAAUAAAUUUAAGAUCUCUGGCUGGACACUAGAGGCUGGCGAAGGACGUGACCUUUGAUCAGAAUCUCCCGGAGGAGUGGGGUCCCUGACCAUUGUCCCUUCCAGAGAACCUUAAAACAGACGCCAGGAGACCCUCUCGGAUACUCUGCAGGAGUCAAGAGUCACGAUAUUAGCAAGCACAUCGCAGCCAUGCGAACCCUUUCUGGUUCAGCUCUCGACAAAAGAAAUCAAGCCCCCAGUCAAAAUACAACAACAACGGAUUAAGCCUACCACCCUCUCCCCCGGCCCCCAAAUUCUCAGGGGAAAUCCCCUAAGAGUCAGGUAGGGAGGUCACUGCAGCGACUUCAGGUGCAGAGAACGCGGGGAACUAGGAAGAGGACGCUCCAGCCCACCUGGGCGUCUCUGAUUGGCCGGCAGUUCAGCUUGGAACGCUGGGGUGCGUGGCGUCAUAUCCGCCGGGUCCGCCAUCUUGUUCCCAGGGGCAGUUGGCGGAAGAGAUCGAUCUCACUUGCCGCCGGCUCCCCUUCUGCGUGGAGUUCUCGCGGACUGGGUUUCGCUGUUUGUUCUCGGCCCGGGGUCCUUUUGUCGGCGCCCUGGGUGCCCUCUCUUGCCCGGCUGGGGCACAGCAAGGCGGCCCCUUCUCCCGACGACGUUCCAUGGAGUAGGGUCCCAGACCGUUGUCCCGAAGAGCGAGAUCGAGCUUGGCCCCCUCCCCCCCCUCCUUCCUUCCCUCCCUCCUUCCUUCCGCCGCAACAUGGCUAACAACAGCCCCGCGCUGACAGGCAACUCGCAGCCGCAGCACCAGGCGGCCGCUGCUGCGGCUCAGCAACAGCAGCAGUGCGGCGGCGGCGGCGCUACCAAGCCGGCGGUCUCGGGCAAGCAGGGCAAUGUGCUCCCGCUCUGGGGCAACGAGAAGACCAUGAACCUCAACCCCAUGAUCCUGACCAACAUCCUGUCGUCGCCUUACUUCAAAGUACAGCUCUACGAGCUCAAGACCUACCACGAGGUGGUGGACGAGAUCUACUUUAAGGAUUGACUCAGUCUUGCAGCGAGGCUCGGAGCAGCCCAGGGUCGCAGGUAGAGGUCACGCACGUUGAACCAUGGGAGAAAGGAAGCAGGAAAACAGCGGGCCAGACAGGGAUGUGCGGAGGGGUAAGUAGAAGUUCGAGGUGUUGGAACAGGAGGAAUUGUUUCUACAGCAUUUUGCCUGUUAUACAAAUUAUUUACCCUGAAGUUAACUCGAAAGCAAGUGAUGGGUCUUAUAACACACACAGACUCUCCAUAUAUUAGAGCUCUUGGAUUUAUGUAUAUAAGAUAUACACAGCCCCCUACAGAUCUAUGGGACUGGUUUGAAUCCUUCCUUGAUGAUGAAGAGGUUUGGGACUGACAAUAGCUGACUAACAUGUCCUGAGCUGUGAGAGGGCAUAGCAAGAAGGCCUUCAUGCGGACCUAGAUGUGAAGGCUGGUGGAGGCUGUGUAAUGACCAUUGGAGAAAUGCUACGAUCUUUUCUCACAAAACUGGAGUGGUUUUCUACCUUGUUUCCAAGAAUUCCAGUUCCAGUUCAAAAGAAUAUUGAUCAGCAGAUUAAAACCCGACCUAGAAAAAUCAAGAAAGAUGGGAAGGAAGGUGCUGAGGAAAUAGACAGACAUGUUGAACGCAGACGUUCAAGGUCUCCAAGGAGAUCUCUGAGUCCACGGAGGUCCCCAAGAAGAUCAAGAAGUAGAAGUCAUCAUCGGGAGGGCCAUGGGUCUUCUAGUUUUGACAGAGAAUUAGAAAGAGAGAAAGAACGCCAGCGACUAGAGCGUGAAGCCAAAGAAAGGGAGAAAGAACGGCGAAGAUCCCGAAGUAUUGACCGGGGGUUAGAACGCAGGCGCAGCAGAAGUAGGGAAAGGCAUAGAAGUCGCAGUCGAAGUCGUGAUAGGAAAGGGGAUAGAAGGGACAGGGAUCGAGAAAGAGAGAAAGAAAAUGAGAGAGGUAGAAGACGAGAUCGUGACUAUGAUAAGGAAAGAGGAAAUGACCGAGAAAAAGAGAGAGAGCGAUCAAGAGAAAGGUCCAAGGAACAGAGAAGUAGGGGAGAGGUAGAAGAGAAGAAACAUAAAGAAGACAAAGAUGAUAGGCGGCACAGAGAUGACAAAAAAGAUUCCAAGAAAGAGAAAAAACACAGUAGAAGCAGAAGCAGAGAAAGGAAACACAGAAGUAGGAGUCGAAGUAGAAAUGCAGGGAAACGAAGUAGAAGUAGAAGCAAAGAGAAAUCAAGUAAACAUAAAAAUGAAAGUAAAGAAAAAUCAAAUAAACGAAGUCGAAGUGGCAGUCAAGGAAGAACUGACAGUGUUGAAAAAUCAAAAAAACGGGAACAUAGUCCCAGCAAAGAAAAAUCUAGAAAGCGUAGUGGAAGCAAAGAACGUUCCCACAAACGAGAUCACAGUGAUAGUAAGGACCAGUCAGACAAACAUGAUCGUCGAAGGAGCCAAAGUAUAGAACGAGAGAGCCAAGAAAAACAGCAUAAAAACAAAGAUGAGACUGUGUGAAAAUAUUUUGUAAAAGUGGAUCACAUUGAAUCCUAUAAAUGAUUAAAUCUGCUUUUUUUCCCCCAAGUUGAGAUUGUGCAGUAGUUCGCACUCCUCAAGCUCUCCCUGUAGGCUGCAUUUUCAUUUCCUCUUUUGUGUAGGGAAGUGCCUUUGUAAUUCCAUUUAUUGCAUUGGUGUUUUCACCCAAUUGUUAAGUUUGAUACAUGAUGCACAGAUUGUUCUUGCAUUUUUAUUGUUUGUUUUUGAAAUGUACAGUCUGUACAUAUGUCCUGAAAAUGUUUUAAUUCCUUUGGCAUGGUUGCCAUGUUGGUUAAAUUUGUAUAAGGCAAUAAACUGCCACUAAUCUAUUUUUGUUUUGUAGGUGUGGGAUUAUGGUUUGUGUACUGAAGUUAGCAUGGCUGUGCUUUUCGUAAUAGAAUGCUAAAGACUUUGAGAAUGGAACUUGGAUGUCUGUUGUAGGAGAAAUAUGUGCUGCCAAUGUACAUGAAGGCAGCAUUGUAGGAUUAACAUUUUUGUCCACUGUAUAUUAUCUUGGAAGGCUCUUGUUAAUGUGUUACACUUAAUAUUCUCCACAGUUACCUUUAGAGAGAAUUUAUGAGAAGUUAGUUUCUGAUGCAGAGGUUUUUAGGCUGUGAUUUCAUCAAAAGUCCUUUUAGCAUUCUACCUCAAAGGGACACUUAGUAUGCCUAAAAUUUAUUCACUUAGUUUUCCUUUUUUAUUUGAAAAAAUACAUGACAUGUAAUCCUUUUUUCUUGAAUUCUUUCUCAGAUUUUAAAGUGCUAUAUUAAAGAAAAAAAUUAAUGUCUAAAGCCUAGCAUUCUUGCAGAACCCUAUACUAACAUGUAAUUGGGAGAGGGUGGGGCAAAUGAGUAGAGAAACAGAUUCAAGCGUCAAGCUUCCAAAGCAUUUUUAUAAAUGGAAAAUCCUUAAAUUAUGAAACAGCUUGAUAUAGUGUCCUUUUUUUAAAAUUCCAAACUUUUUUUAUUGAUAAUGGAGAUUGCUGUUUGAGUUUUUAAACUUAAUCUAGAACAGAGGAGUAUUGAAAGUAAUGCUGUGCUGCAUUAUUUAAGACUAUCAGCAAAUUUGAUAGAUUGUUCUUAUGACUUGUAUUCUGAUUACAGAGAACCAUCAUGAGUGUGGAAUAAAUACUGGAUUAAAUCCUUUAUCCUGGGUCUUGGCUUUUCCCCCAUUUGUUAACUUUUUUUUUUUUAAACAUGUUUUUAUUGUGGAAAUUGAUGAAACGUCAGUAGAGUCGCACUUUGUGUACAGGGAUGUCUUAGUUCCCAGAUGACAAGUGAAUUUUAAAGAAAUGCAGAAACUGGGAUUGGGCAUGUGGUAAUCAAUAAUCUUUAUUAGAAUUCUUGAUAAUGGCAGUUCCGUUUGUCAGUGGUUACGUGUCACUUGAUUAAUUUGUUCCAUGUCAAAGAUGUUUAUUGGGAUAUCUUUUACUUGGACAAUAUAUUAGCAUUUUUUAAAAUUU